AUAGUCCAGGACAAGUCUCAACCACUCGUACUUCUAGUAAACACGAAUCCAGCUCUCUAAUCCAAAAAGAACAAGGUUCUGGCAAACAAAUUGUCACCAAAUAUCGAGUCAUCCAAGGUGAUUUACCAGAACAAACCGAGACAAUAAUCACAGACAACCGACAAAUAAUUUCUGGUGACAAUAUUCACCAGGACAAACUGUGACAACUCAUACUUCUGAUACCAGCUCCUCAAUUCAGCAAGGUUCUGGCAAACAAGUGAUAACAAAAUAUCGAGUCAUCCAAGGAGAUUUACCAGACAACCACAAAAUUGUUGGUGCAGACUCCACCAAACAAGGACAUACAAUCACCAAGUACAGGAUUGUAGAAAAGAACCAACCAGAAAUUAUCAGGACUAUCAUCACUGAUAGUAAUAAACGUGUUAUUUCGGAUACUAUUACGCAACAAGAAGGUAGUGUGGAUAGUUCUGUUGUGACAAAGUAUAGAGUUGUUCAGGAUAAUUUGCCAGAAACUAGUGAGACCAGAAUCAAAGACACAACCAGUACUCACAAAGUAUCCAAAACUGAUCAGGAUAUCCAAGAACGUACCAAACUUCUAACCAAGGAAGAUGUAUCUGAACACAAAUCCAGGUACGAUGACCAUUACAAGACAGAUCAUCAGCAAAUCACAAAAGAUGUGGAUUAUUACACCAAGGAAGAAUUAUCUACUGACCAAAAAAUCGCCAAUUUCCAAGAAAUUCGCGAAAAACAACUAAUGGACAUCAACAAACGCAUCCAGAAACAAAACAGUCUCAUCCAAGACCACAAAGACGACACUACUGAAUUUAUAAAACGUGAACAAGAUGUCGUCACAAAAAAAACUGAUGAUGAAAUAGUUGUUACUGAUAAUCAUAUUAAAAUUCGAAAAGAAGAAAUGGAUAUUCGAGAUAACCAGAAGGAGAAUAUUGAUACCAGUCAUCAGGAAUAUCAUAGAUAUGUCAGGUUUAGUGAUUGGCAAGGACCUGCUGUUGGAAAACCUAAUUUAAAUCCAGGCCCAGGACAUUAUUCACCAGAAAAUCUGCGCCGGGAUAAAUCUCCAAUGUACAGUUUUGGACGUAAACCAAAAUCUGAGAAGAAAAACGACGUACCAGGACCAGGUCAAUAUUCACCUGAAAAAGUGCGUUUGUCCAAAUCACCUCAAUAUACAAUCAGAGGACGUACUGAAUUGCAUCCACGUGAUGAAGUACCAGGGCCAGGACAGUAUGCACCAGAAAAAACAAAGCUGGUUGGCGAUUCUUCACCCAAAUAUAGUUUUGGUCACAAACCGGAGCAUGAUAAACCAAUUAGUGAUGUACCAGGUCCUGGACAAUAUUAUGUGGAAAAGACUCACGUUGACACUGCACAUAAGUACACUUUUGGUCAAAAGUCUGUGAUUAAUAAGACUGAUCAUGUUCCAGGUCCUGGCCAAUAUGCUCCUGAAAAGACCAAACUAGACCAUACUCCUAUGUAUAGUUUUGGGCACAAACCAGAACAUCAUAAACCUAGUGACGUUCCAGGGCCAGGUCAAUAUGCUCCUGAGAAAGUCAAACUAGACACAACGCCAAAAUACAGCUUUGGGUUGAAACCUGAACAUAGUAAACCUAGUGACGUACCAGGUCCUGGUAAAUAUGCUCCUGAAAAAACUAAAUUAGACACAACACCCAAAUUUAGUUUUGGCCAUAAACCUGAGCACACAAAACCUAGUGAUGUACCAGGUCCUGGUCAAUAUGCUCCUGAAAAAACCAAAUUGGAUACCACCCCCAGGUACAGUUUUGGCCAUAAACCUGAAAAAACUAAACCUAGCGACGUACCAGGUCCUGGAAAGUAUGCACCUGAAAAAACAAAUUUAGACACGACUCCUAAAUACAGUUUUGGACAAAAACCUAAAAAUAAGAAACCUAGUGAUGUACCAGGUCCUGGACAAUAUGCUCCAGAAAAAACAAAAUUAGACACAACUCCUAAAUACAGUUUUGGUGUCAAACCUGAUAAAAAGAAACCUAGUGAAGUACCAGGUCCUGGUCAAUAUGCUCCGGAAAAAACAAAAUUAAGCACUACACCUAAAUAUAGUUUUGGACAUAAACCUGAGAAAACCAAACCUAGUGAUGUACCAGGUCCUGGUCAAUAUGCUCCUGAAAAAACAAAACUAGAUUCUACACCAAAAUACAGUUUUGGCCAUAAACCUGAUGAUAGAAAACCGAGUGAUGUUCCAGGUCCUGGUCAAUAUGCUCCUGAAAAAACAAAAUUAGAUUCGACUCCUAAAUACAGUUUUGGCCAUAAACCUGAUGAUAGAAAGCCCACUGAUGUACCAGGUCCUGGUCAAUAUGCUCCUGAAAAAACCAAACUUGAUUCGACACCAAAAUACAGUUUUGGCCAUAAACCUGAUGAUAAAAAGCCAACUGAUGUACCAGGUCCUGGUCAAUAUGCUCCAGAAAAAACAAAACUGGACUCAACACCAAAAUAUAGUUUUGGCCAUAAACCUGAUGAUAGAAAACCUAGUGACGUACCAGGUCCUGGUCAAUAUGCCCCAGAAAAAACUAAACUAGAUUCUACUCCAAAAUAUAGUUUUGGCCAUAAACCUGACGACAAAAAACCCAGUGACGUACCAGGUCCUGGUCAAUAUGCUCCAGAAAAAACUAAACUAGACUCCACACCCAAAUACAGUUUUGGCCAUAAACCUGAUGAUAGAAAACCCAGUGACGUACCAGGUCCUGGUCAAUAUGCUCCAGAAAAAACUAAUUUAGACAAAACACCUCAGUACAGUUUUGGCCACAGGCCAGAUAUUGAUAAACCUAGUGACGUACCAGGUCCUGGUAAAUAUCAUCCUGAAAAGUCAAAGUUGGACAAAGCUCCUGAAUAUAGUUUUGGCCAUCGUCCUGACGACCGCAAACCUAGCGAUGUGCCAGGUCCUGGAAAAUAUGCGCCAGAAAAAACUAAUUUAGACAAAACUCCUCAAUAUUCAUUUGGCCUACGGCCAGAUAUUUCUAAACCUAGCGAUGUGCCAGGACCAGGACAAUAUGCUCCAGAAAAGACAAAAUUGGACACGACUCCUAAAUAUAGUUUUGGACUUCGACCAGAUCACGAAAAACCUAGUGAUGUUCCAGGUCCUGGUAAAUAUGCACCGGAAAAAACAAAACUGGACUCAUCUCCUAAGUACAGUUUUGGACUUAAACCUGAUCAUCGUAAACCUAGUGAUGUACCAGGUCCUGGUCAAUAUCAACCUGAAAAGUCUAAAUUAGACAAAGCUCCUGAAUAUAGUUUUGGACAUAGACCAGAAAUUGAUAAGCCUAGUGACGUACCAGGUCCAGGUCAAUACGCUCCUGAAAAGACUAAAUUGGAUAAAACACCUCAAUACUCUUUUGGUUUGCGACCAGAUAUUUCUAAACCUAGUGAUGUACCAGGACCUGGACAAUAUCAUCCAGAGAAGACAAAGUUGGAUCAUACGCCUCAAUACAGUUUUGGCCAUCGUCCUGAAAUCGACAAACCUAGUGAUGUACCAGGACCUGGUCAGUAUGCUCCAGAAAAAUCUAACCUGGAUUCAGCACCCAGGUACAGUUUUGGUCUUAGACCUGACGACAAGAAACCAAGUGACGUUCCAGGGCCAGGUCAAUACUGUCCUGAAAAAUCAAAGUUGGACAGAGCUCCUGAAUAUAGUUUUGGACAUCGACCUGACAUCGAUAGGCCAGAUAAUUUACCAGGUCCUGGCCAAUAUCGUCCAGAAAAGAGUAAACUAGACCACGGUCCUGAAUAUUCAUUUGGUUUGAAACCGAAUAUUGAUAAACCUGACCAAGUUCCUGGUCCUGGCCAAUACAAUCCUAAAAUAUUGGAUCAAACUCCUCAAUAUAGUUUUGGAAUACGUCCAGAUAUUGAUAAGCCGAGUGAUAUACCUGGUCCUGGUCAAUACAAUCCUGAGAAAACAAGGUUGGACCAUACACCACAGUAUAGUUUUGGACAUCGUCCUGAUAUUGAAAAACCAAACGAAGUUCCAGGUCCUGGCCAAUACAAUCCUAAAAUGUUGGAUCAAACUCCUCAGUACAGUUUUGGACUUCGUCCUGAUAUUGAUAAACCAAGUGACAUUCCAGGUCCUGGCCAGUACAGCCCUGAAAAAUCGAAACUGGGCCAUACACCUCAGUAUAGUUUUGGACUUCGACCAGACACAGAGAAACCAAGUGGAGUACCAGGUCCUGGUCAAUACAGUCCAGAAAAAUCCAGGCUCGACCAUACACCUCAGUAUUCGUUUGGAAUUAGACCAAAUAUUGAUAAACCAAGUGACAUACCUGGUCCUGGACAAUAUAAUCCUGAAAAAUCCAACCUGGAUCACACACCACACUUUAGCUUUGGGCUACGUCCUGAUCUUCACAAACCUAGUGAUGUACCAGGUCCUGGACAAUACCAUCCUGAAAAAUCCUUGCUGGAUCAUACACCUCAAUACAGUUUUGGUCUUCGACCUGAUAUUGAUAAACCAAAUCAAGUACCAGGUCCUGGACAAUACAAUCCGGAAAAAUCCAAGUUGGAUCGUGCACCUGAGUACAGUUUUGGCAUUCGACCUGAUUUGGAUAAACCUAACGACUUACCAGGUCCUGGUCAAUAUCACCCUGAAAAAGUUAAAUUGGAUCACACACCUCACUACUCCUUUGGCAUUCGACCCGAAACCGAAAAACCGAACGACAUUCCAGGUCCUGGUCAAUAUUCUCCAGAAAAAUCCAAAUUGGAUACAAGUCCUGGAUUCAGUUUUGGACACAGACCAGACCACGAUAAACCUGAUAAUUUACCAGGUCCUGGAAAAUAUUAUCCAUCCAAGUUGGACUCAGGCAUUCACUACAGUUUUGGAAUUCGUCCUGAUUUGAACAAACCUAAAGAUACACCUGGUCCUGGUGACUACAAACCAGAAACAUCAAGACUGGACACGUCAUCAGGUUACAGCUUUGGUGUUAGACGUGACGUUGAAAUCCGCAACAUCACACCAGGUCCUGGUCAAUAUUCACCAGAAAAGGUAAAAUUAGACCACACGCCCCAAUUUACAUUUGGACAUCGACCAGAGACCAAAAUACAAAGCGACAUACCAGGACCAGGUUCGUACAAUCCUGAACUAUCAGUAAUUUCUAAAGGACCUCGUGUACGUCCUGAACCUAGUGGUGGUGGAGGAGCUGGUGGAGGAUACGGUCCUGUACCAACAAGAGUACGAAAAUUAUCCUGGACCAUGAAGGAUGGUCAAAGAGUCUACGAAACUGAUGUGUCGCAGCAACUAAUAGAAUCUGAACGACAUUUGGUGAAAGAAGUUGGAACUCGUGAUCAUAUUAUUGUUAAACAGACGCAGGUUAAUGGAACUUUGGAUAAAGAUGUUGCAACAAUAACAACAAAAGAUACCCAAGAAUCAACAACCACGACUGAUACUAAAAAAAUCAAUAAAUAUGAAGAUUUUAUAGAAAUGGGAAGAAAAGAAUCUGAUGGAUAUUCCAAAACUGUGGAGACUUACAAAACAACACCAAGUUUUCAGGUCGAGGAAUUUAUUAGUGAAGAUGGGCUUAGUAAAGAAAAAAGAGUUACCAAAAAGUCCAGUGAUGGUCGUAGAAUUGUGGAAACUGUUACAACAUCAAUGCCAGUUGUCGAAGUCGAAACUUUUGUUGUUCAGGAUGAAAAAUUCUCCAAGGAAAAUAAAGUUUCUACAAAAUCUGGGGUCCAAAAAAUUUUAGAAACCGUUGAAACUGUUGGUCAAUCUCCAAGAGUUGAAACUUAUAUUGUUGAAGAAGCAAUUGAUGGAAAUAGUAGAGCCCUUACUAAAUCUGGUGGCCAAAUAAUUAUAGAAGAAGUUGAGACUGUAACUUCUUCGCCAAGAGUAGAAACUUAUGUUAUACAAGAUUCAAAAGAAAGCAAAGGUACAAAAACUGGUUCUCAAAGAAUUAUCAAAACAGUGGAAACCAUAAACAAAUCUUCUCCUAGUGCAGAAACUUAUAUUGUCGAAGAAGUUGUGGAAGGACAUAAAGGAAAAUCAGGUUUACAUAGAAUUAUAGAAUCUGUGGAGACUUCUGAAGUAGAGUCCGACGUUGUGGAAGUCUCUAGACCAGGACAAAAAGGUGUGCGCAGAUUGGUAGAAACAGUUGAAACCGUAAGUUCUUCUCCAAGGAUGAAAAGUUACAUCAUUGAAGACGUGCAGAAAUCUUCAAAAGCAAGCAGAGAUGUUUCAGAAAGAGGUUCCCAAAGAUUAAUAAGAACUGUAGAAACUCCAGGGUCUUCGCCCAGGGUGGAAACUUAUGUUAUAGAAGACUCCAGUACUGGUGCAAAAGGCAAAAAUGCAAUUUCUACAAAAUCCGGUGCACAACAAAUAAUUGAAACUGUGGAAACUAUAGGAUCAUCUCCGAGGGUAGAAACUUAG